GCCAAAAUAUAACAGUACUUCUCAAUAUAUCAUAACUGCUGAUGAUUUUUUUCUUCAUUAUUUAAAUUGGGGUACAGCUAGAGUUGAACUUCAUCAAGCUAUUGGUUUAGAAUAUAAUACAGUAGCCACAUGUGAGAUGACAUUUAACAAAUUAUUAGAACAGCCUCAUGAUAGGUGUCAUGAUACUUUAGAAUUAAUAGGUUGUAAAGAUGGUGAAACAAAUAUUUUGUAUGGUAUUCUUGAGUAUUGGGUAAGACUACAAAUUUCCAUGGAUGAAGCUAUAACUCUUUAUAAGGAACGUUGUAAAGCCUUAGGAUAUUUAGGAAAUAAUCAAAGUAUCGUGAAAACUGCCUUAAAAACACUCGAUUCUAAACAAAAGCAAUCAAAUGAAAACAAAGUGAAUGAAUUACAUAUAAAAAUAUUGUGCUGUAAUGAAUUACAAGGAAAAAAUACUGAUAAACAGCCAUCUCCAUACUGUGUAUAUAAAUUUUAUAACUUACCUGAUCAGGAUACAGCUAUUAUUCCUUCAUCAAAUAAUCCAGAGUUUCAUGAUCAUAAAUCUUUUCCUCUAGUAAUAUCUGAAGAUUUGGAUACCUAUCUUAGGAAUCAAAAUAUGGAAAUAUAUGUAUUUGAUGAUACAGAUUUAGAGCCAUCUUCAUAUCUAGGAAGAGCACAAAUUUCACUUUUUCCUCUUACUCAGAACAAACCAAUACAAGGGAUAUAUGAAUUAAAAAAUACAGAUGGAAAAAAUUGUGGCACAAUAGAUGUUGCAAUAUAUUGGCAUUCUGCAUAUGAUUUUCAAAAAAAUAUUGUAGAUUCAUUUAUGGUGAGUAAGAUUUCUGAAUAACUUUUAAAUGGAGAAAUUUUUUCUCUUUUUUGCUUUUAUUUUUAUUAUUAUGGUAUAGACCAGGAGUAUCAUGCAUCCAAAUCUAAUUUUUGUUGUUGGUCUAUAGCAUAUAAAUCAAAACUGUAUCUAUUAGUCACCAUAAUUUACUAAUAGAUAAACAAAGUUCAUAAUUUGAAUUAAAUAUUUUAAAUUUUAAAUUCU